AAAUAAUGAAUAAGUUUCUUGAUGACAUAUCACAUACACAUUCUUCGGAAAAUAGUGCCAAUAAUCAAUUCUAUCAUGAAGUUUUAAAAUGGACAUGCAUCCUUGGUAGUUUAAAGUGCCAAGAACAUGUUAAUGGAAUAGUAAAUUGGCAUUUUAAACAUCCUACACAAAACAAACUGUUGCCAAGUUGGCAGAAGUGGAUAUAUUGCCAAAGACUAAUGUUAGACACUGUCACUUAUGAAACGUCUGCUGUGUGGCAAGAUAUAGUCAAGAUAUACCAAACACAAGGGAAACUAGAACAACUUUUCGAAUUCUUACCUUGCUUUAAACAGUAUAAGAAUCUGUUGGCCUUUCUAUCGUUUCUUCAUCAUAAUUCUUUACUAAUACGUAGAAGUAGUUUAAAUGCAGACAAUAGUGAUGUUUACAAAAACAUUGUAAAUGAAAAGAAAAGUGUUACUGUUACUUUACUUUUUAAUAUUUUUGCUACGCAUUCAAAAAAUAUGUCAGCUUUGAAAAUUAUACUAUUCGGACUAGAAAAUGGAAUAGGAAGAGACGUGAACAUAUUAGCAAUAAUAAAUUGUAUUAUUAAUAACAUAUAUUCAAACGACGAUUUGACAAAGAUUACUAACGAAAUAUUCUUAAAGAAAUUGCUGCAUAUGCAUCACAUGGUAAAUGAAUCAUUUGUUCUCGAUGCCAUUAACGAAAAAAUUGAAAUUCGACGUAUGUUUCUGUUUAAAAUGGAAUCUACGCUUUAUUGUGCUCCUCAUUAUUAUUUUAAUUUCAUAAGCUAUCGCGUAUUUAGCUGCGAAUAAGUUUCCUUUGUAUGAUGGAUCACUUUUUGUAUUCAAUUUUUUUAUGACAGUUUACAUUUUGAAAACAAACACUUUUAGUUGAAAAAUUUUAUUCAUUUGUUGUGUCUAAAUUUUGUGUUUGGUUCUUUUAAGUAAGCUUUAUUUUAUAACACUAACUUAUACUAAUAGUUAGUAGAAUUGAGUAAAAGUAGAAAUACAGUUUUCGUAUUUUACUAUUUAACAGUUUGCAUAUUAGCGAUAAAAUAAAGUCGACUUUUCAAUGGAGUACACUGGGAUUCAAUAGGAUAUUUUAUGUUAUA